GACUAAAGCGGAAGCUGUCAGUUAGCAUAGUGUUGCUAACUCUCCUCCUCAGUGUUGUGUGUGUGUGUGUGAGUGAGAGAGAGCGAGAGAGAGUGUGUGUCCAGGUGUGAAGAUGUUGCCGUUAUCUGUUAAAGACGACGAGUACAAACCGGCCAAGUUUAACCUGCUGCUCAAACUGUCCGGAUGGUUCAGGUGAGUUAAUCACACCUGUGCUAACCCGCUACAUGCUAACCCUGUUCUGAACACUGCUAGCCUGAUGCUAACCGGUUAGCCUCUCGAACCUCUCCUCUGAUAACAUUAUCUCAGAGUUCAGGUGUUUCAUCUCAGUGUCAGUCUCUCAGGUGUGUCACGGACAGGUAGUUGUGUGUGAAUGACGCAGUCAGGUGUGUUUUUUCCCGGGUUUUUUUUGACUGUCUGUGAUGUUGUGACUGGUUUUUCUGAUUUUAUUUUUUCAGGUCGAUCCUCGCCGAUAAAACCUCCAGGAACCUUUUCUUCUUCCUCUGCCUCAACCUGUCGUUCGCCUUCGUGGAGCUCACCUAUGGCAUCUGGAGUAACAGGUAACAGCAGGUUAACUCACUGUUAGCAGCUGAUCUCUGUUUGUCCUGCUGUGGACCAGGAUGAUGUGCCACGUAUGUGUUAGCGUGGAGGAGCCCACUCUGUCAGAGUGUGUGUGUGUGUGUGUGUGUGUGUGUGUGUGUGAGACAGAGGGGGAAUGUGAGUCCGUUUAUUCUGAAAGGUCCCUGAAUCACUUCCUGUCAAUCUCUGUAGUCAGCUGUUCUGAUAUUUGGUUUUUCUCACGACGGGCUGAACAUUUACAUUCAUGUGGAUCUGUUAUGUAUGUAUGUAAAUAUAUAUAUAUAUAUAUAUAUGUGUGUGUGUGUGUGUGAUUAAUGUGAUAUAUCUGUUUUAUUUCUCUUAUAUAUACAUAUAUAUUUUUAUAUACUUAAUAUAUAUAUAAUAUGCAUAUAAAAAUAUAUAUGUAUAUAUAGGAGAAAUAAAACAUAUAUAACAGAAACAAAACAUGCGUAUAAAUAUAUAUAAACAUAAAAAAGAUAUUUCUUUUUAAAAUCUUUAUCUAUCUUUUAUUUUAGUUAUAUAUCUGAAUUUUUUCUUGUAUGUGUUUUCGCUUAUAUGUCUGUUUUCUUCUUACAUAUCUUUUUUAAAUCUUUAUAUAUAUAUAUAUAUAUCUCAAUCUUAUUUCUGUUAUACAUUUGUUUUAUAUCUAUUAUAUGUUUGUCUUUUUUUAAAUCUGUAUAUAUAUAUAUAUAUAUUUAUAUAUAUAUAUAUUUUAUUUCGGUUAUAUAUCAAAAUAUUUUCUUUUAUAUAUUCUUUUUAUAUCUCUUAUCUAUCUUAUCAUUUUUUUCAUGUUUUACCCUGCACAAAAAAAAACAACGUCAGGCAUGUCCAGACAUGUGAGAUCAAUUCAGUAUAGAUGUCUGUGUGAGGGGUAUACUGACAAAGAAAGGCCCAGAGGACCACAACAACAAAAACUAUUAUAAUCAAUAUUUUUGUGGAUAAUGAAGCCGAACAAGGAAACUUAGAGAUGAGAACCAAACUGGAUGAUAGAGAAUUGCUUUUAGUGUCAUUUACAGCUGAUUUAAGACACGGGUCAAAACCGACCUUUAACAUGGUGGGUCUGUGGUAAAAGCUAACGCAGGAGGAAGGUUAAAGGCCGUUUCAUUCUGAUUAUUUAGGACAGGCUGCAUGUUUACCUAUAUUUUUCCUGACAGUAUUUUCAGUGGUCUACUACUCACAGUUAAGUCACCAGUCUGUCUUCUCUUCUCUCAAUCAUUCCUGUUUCAUGAAUCAUCAUGUUAAUCACCUAAAAUCUGAAUAUAACUCUGACAGAAUGGUUAAAAAUAAAAUAAAGGGGCCGCACAAUGACAGAGGUCCUACACUGACUCUCUCAUGCUGAUUAAUUUGAUCAUUAAAACCAUCGUCUUUGUUCUCUCACUUGUAUUUGUUCAUGAUAAUAACCCGGUUUAUCCUUCUUCUCCAGUUUAGGUCUGAUUUCAGACUCCUUCCACAUGUUCUUUGACUGCACCGCCCUGCUGGCAGGUCUUGCAGCCUCCGUCAUCUCAAGGUGGAGGUCCAACGACAGCUUCUCUUAUGGGUGAGACAUCAGUCUGUGCUCGUUUAGUCAGGUCUGACAGUGAACAUGAUGCUGAUGAGGAUAGUGAUGCUGAUGUUGGGUUUCAGUUAUGUCAGAGCAGAGGUUCUGGCAGGCUUCGUCAACGGGCUCUUCCUCAUCUUCACAGCCUUCUUCAUCUUCUCAGAAGGAGUAGAGGUAAGGCACAGAAACACACACACACACACACACACACACUCAUUAAUAAAAACGUGUUCCUCUGUGUCCGUCAGAGAGCUCUGGAGCCUCCUGAUGUUCACCAUGAGCGUCUGCUUCCUGUCUCUGUGGCCGGUCUGUUGGUGAACCUGGUCGGGAUCUUCGUGUUCCAGCAUGGAGGUCAUGGACAUUCACACGGAGAAGGAGGUACUGUCUGCAGAGCAUCCAGAAUAUUAGCGUGAAAAGUUCAACUCUGAAUGAGGAGAAAUGCAGAACCUCACUGCAGAUGAGUAGAUCUUCACUGUAAAUGUGCAGAACCUCAUCCUAAUAGAGACAUCUAGAACCUUGGUGUAGAUACUUAGAGCUUGAAAAAGUAUGUUACUACUAACACUGAUGCAGAUGUUUUAGAACCUUGAUGCAAAUGUUUAGAACUCAAUGCAGAAGCGUAAAAGAACCUUGUUGCAGAUCUUUACAACUUUGCAAAGGAUAUCUAGAACCUUCUUGCAGAUUUUUUAGAACCUUGUCACAAAUGUUUAGAACCUUGAUGCAGAUUUUUAGAACUCUGAUGCAGAAGAUUAAAAGAACCUCGUUACAGAUCUUUACAACUUUGCUUGGGAUGUUUAGAACCUUCCUGCAGAUGUUUUAGAACCUUGUUGCAGAUCUUAGAACCUUCCUGAAUUUUUUUAACCUUGUUGCAAAAGCUUAGAAGAACCUUGUUGCAGUUCUUAACAACCUUGAGAAGGAUGUUAAGAACCUUGUUGCAGAUGUUUAGAACCAUGAUGCAGAAACUUACUGGAACCCUGUUGCAGAUCUGUACAACUUUGAUUGAGAUGUUUUAGAACCUUGUUUCAGAUGUUUAGAACCUUGUUAACAUGUUUUUGAACCUUGUUACUGAUGUUUUUUGACACCGUUGCAGAUGUCUAGAACCUUGUUGCAGAUAUUUGUAGAACCUUGUCACAGAUGUCUAGAACCUUGUUGCAGAUGUUUAGAACCAUGAUGCAGAAACUUACUGGAACCCUGUUGCAGAUCUGUACAACUUUGCUUGAGAUGUUUUAGAACCUUCCUGCAGAUGUCUAGAACCUUGUUUCAGAUGUUUAGAACCAUGAUGCAGAAACUUACUGGAACUCUGUUGCAGAUCUGUACAACUUUGCUUGAGAUGUUUUAGAACCUUGUUUCAGAUGUUUAGAACCUUGUUAACAUGUUUUUGAACCUUGUUACUGAUGUUUUUUGACCCCGUUGCAGAUGUUAAAAACCUUGUCACAGAUGUCUAGAACCUUGUUUCACACAAUCAAACCCUCCUAAUAUUUCUCCAUCCUGUCUCCUUCAGGUCACGGUCACAGCCAUUCUCUGUUUAACGGCAGUCUGAAUCACGGACACAGUCAUGGUGGUCAUGACCAAAAACACGCAGAUAGACACGGACACGGACACGGGGGGCAUGGACACAGUCACGAUGGUCACGGACAUAGUCAUGGGGGACAUGGACACAGCCACGGUGGCCAUGACGACCACUGUCAUGGUGAGAGUCACUGACGGGUUGAACAGGCUUUCUGAUAAUGAAUGCAGUCUAACGUCUCACCACAAGGUGGCGUGAGCAGCAUGUACAGUCAGAGAUAUUUUAAAUUCUCAUUAGUUUUCUGUUUUUCUCAGACGACCAGCUGCUAACUCCGGGGAAAGGCUCCAGUAAACAGAUCCUCCAGGGUGAGUGCGCGCACACACGCACACACACACACACACACACACACACACACACACACACACACACACACACACACACACACACACACACACACACACACAUUACAAAUAUCUUCUUCAGGGGGUUAACUUUAAUUCAGCAGAAACAUCUACAGCUGUUCUGAUAACAGUGUCGUUAUACAGAGAGGCUACCACAGGGGGGCGCCAUCACACCGUCACUCAGUGCAGCACCACAUCACAGCUGUUUCUGCUGCCAUAAGUAGAGGGGCUGGUUUCUGAAAACCAUGUGUACAUGAUUUUAGACAGACUGUGAUUGAUGAUGGUGCAGCUCUGAGUCCGAUCAGAUGAUUUCUCUGUUUUCGGAUCAACAGGCGUCCUGCUGCACAUCAUCGCCGACACUCUGGGCAGCGUGGGGGUGAUCAUCUCCGCUCUCCUCAUGCAGAAAUACGACCUGAUGAUCGCCGACCCGAUCUGCUCCAUGCUGAUCGCUCUGCUCAUCGGAGUCAGGUGACGCCACUCGUCCAUGUCGUAGUUCACAAGAAAGGCAGAAGAACGAAGAUGUUUUUUUUUAUGUUGUAUAGAAUAAUAGAGCAGGGUGGGCGGGGCUUAAACUAGCCGCGUGGCCAGCUGUGACCACUAAGUGUGUGUGUAUCUGUGGAGGGGGCGGGGCCAGCUGCCUCUUUGUUGUGGUCGUCCUCCUCAGCUUCUCUCUGUGUAAUGACAGACUGCAGGUCAGUCUGAGGCUUCUACAUACAGAGGGUGUGUGUUUGUGUGUGUGUGUGUGUGUUUGUGUGUGUGUGUGUGUUUGUGUGUUAAAAUAAGAACAACAGAGAGAUGUUCUGUCUCUUUCGUAGAGGUAUUUAACCUCUUGAACGUUUUGAAGGCUCAGUAGAACCCGUCCAAUCACAGCACAUUAGAAAAAAACACGUCAUCCUAAGAAGAACCUCAGGAUUGGCCCGAUACCCCUAACAGUGACCUCUACACCCCCUAAAGACCCUUAAAAGUCCUUUAAUGACUUCAAAACUUUCCAGGAAACCCUUUUAUUCUCCACAGUGACUAUAAAUCAUUAAAAAGUCAAAAUGCUGAAUGAAAACGGCGAGAGGAACAUCUCCCAACUACUGAGGUGACCGUCCAGCAGGUUAGUCACAUGACUGGGUCUAAGAUGGACCUUCAGAGAGGCUGAGGGUCUCAGGAGGAAAGAUGGAAGAGGUUCAGGACUCUGAGAGAGACUGUGUGAGCGAACAGUUCAACAGUUUCAGAAUAAAGUUGUCUCUCUAAAGACAGACACAUAGACAUAUAAGCAGUAGAUUGUGUCCUUCCAGAGGAGGAAAUCUACUUCUAGACUUCUAGAAUCAGCAUCUCCUCAUCCAUGGUGUCAUCGGGGUGAAAUGACGUCUAAAAACCUUUCACUUGUUCGUCUCCUCUGGAGUGUUUUAUUUUGAAAAGAAGCCGGAUGUUUUAUUUUGAAGUCUGUGCCUGACUUCCUUUCCAGCACGGGUUAAUCUGUGCUGAAUUUAUCCGCCAUGCUCCGGCGUCCAGAAAAAAUAGAACUCUUGUGAUCAGCUGAGGAGUCCGGCGAUCCGCAGAGGAACGGAAAGAAGUCGGUGUAAAUUGACACGUUAACUUGAAUGGUUACGAUCAGCUACGAUCGGAGGAUACGACCUUUUAGGAGACGAUCAGGAUGAAGGUGGAGAUUAGGGGUAAACCUUGAGAUGUUGUUUAAAACUGAGGAUGCAGCAUCUAUGAUUUCCAGUUCUUCGUUGAAAGGACAACUGGACUUACUUGAGGCGAAACGUCUCAAGUAAGUCCAGUUGUCCUUUCAGCGAAGAACUAGAAAUCAUAGAAGCUGCAUCUUCAGAUUUCUCUUCAUAGACCUCUGACUGUGAAUCCACUAAUGAGGUUCAAACUGAACCGUGAAAGGAGGAGACCAGAUGGAACCAGGAUCCAGAACCACCAGAGACUUGUUUGGACCUGAAUUGUUGAGCAGCUGAGCGUUGGUAGAAGAAGAGUUGAUGAGAAACACGACCCUGAAACUGCCUCUUAGAAAAGUGUUCCUCACAUUAAACUCAAAUGAGAAAAUUAUUUCCAUGAAAGAAAAAAAACGUUCACGUUCCUUAGAUGAUUUGUGGACCACCUCAUCCUGGUUCUGUCAACAUUUAAAGAGCCUCCUCGCUCUGAUGGAGUUUGGGUCGUAACCCGGAGAAACCGCUUGUUGACAGCAGCCGGUGCUGACCCCAGAAUUUCCCCUGUCACGACCAAAACAUCCUCUGUGACCCAAACCGUGAAAGUUUCCUUCCAGACCUUUAAAAACGGAAAACAGUGAAGCUCAGGAGACCGUCAGAACCGCGUCCUGGACCACCAGGACCCGCUUUAAAACACGUUCCUCAAACAUCUUUUGGAACGACUCCAGUCCAAAACUUCUCCAAUAAUGUUCUUAUACUGACACCUAUAAUAAUGUCCGAGCGUCCCUGAACGCACCAUGAGAUGCUUUAGUAAACUUCGUGCUGCGUCUGCGUCACCUCUGAGGUAAACAGGGAUGUGAUGGAUUCUCUCUCAGGUUUCAGUCUGAAACCAGUCGGCAGCAGAAGAAGAAGAAGAAGAAGAAGAAGAAGAAAUCAAUCUCUGAUGGAGACUUUGGAAAAUGGUUUCCACUAAUGUCAGGAAUGUGUAAUUAGUAUUUAAUGGACUCCAACCUGCCAAGCCACUGGUAUGAGAUUGGAGAGGGUUCUGGAGUCCGGCCUGGGCUCUCUGGUCCUCUGGAUGUAAAUGCAGCAGUCAGAUUUCCCAGAAUCCUCCGUGAUAGAUGGAGAGGUUGUGUGCUGAUGUGGUUUGAUAGGCUGGAAGUUGAACGCAGCUGCAGAUUCAAACAGUCAGCAGAGCAGAGCUGUGGUCAGCGCCGAGGUCUGAAAACAACCACAGGCAUCGAGUUACUGCAGCUGGAAACUGCUGAACUUUACUCAAAUAUGGACCCGUGCUACUCUGAGCUUCACCCAGACAGAACUCCACUCCAGAAUCUCCUGGUUCUGUUUAUGAACCUCAGCGUUACUCAUAAUUCACUUAACUGAUAACAGAUCCUCGAGGUUUUCACCAGGACAAAACUGGACUCAAAAAUCCACCAAGUCCUCUCAGAGCCCAGAGCUGUUCCGAGUUACAUCUUGGACCAAAUUCCAUUUAGAAAAUCUGCUUUUUCCACCCAAAGAUGUCAGGCUACAGCUCAAACAAAACUGCACCCAAAAAUGAGCUGAUUCUACUCUCAGGUCUGAGCUCAACCUGAGACCUUCACCUGCUCCAAACUGUCAAAACUCACCAGCUUCUGAUGAAGAGAGUUCAGGUUUUUCCAGGUUCAGACCCAGACAUGACAUCACUCCAAAGUCGACUAAUUCUCCUCACAGAUGCGACCUUAUCCGGAGAACGGCUCACACCAAACCUCCCUCUGAAACUCACCAAGUCUGCCCUCAGAUCUGAGCUUUACUCUAACUAAACUCUGACCUGAACUUCACCCAGCCCGACCUUCAAACAUCUCCUGAUUCACAGAUCUGAGCUUUACACCAAGUUUUAGAGAAAAGAUCUCAGCUCUCUUCAGACCAAACGUCCUUCAAAAAUCUCCUGAUUUUACUCUCAUAGCUCGGCUCAACUCAGACAAAACUUGAUAAUCUAUCUCUUGAUCUGAGCUUUAAUGGGACCAAACCUCUCUCAGAAAUCUACUGAUUAUUGUCAUAAUUCUGGGCUUUACUUUAAGUGCUUCCCUGACCGAUCUCCAUGAGAUUUACCCGAGGUUUCAGCACGACAAAACUUCACCUAAGAUUUACUGAUUCCUAUAAAAAUGAUAAAAAAUCGACUAAAACUUCUCAUGGAUCAGGACUUGACUUGGAGGACAACCAAGACCAAAACCCAGUCAAAAAUCUCCUGAUUCUAUUCACAGAUCUGAGCUUUACGAAGUUUUAGAGAAUGAUCUCAGCUUUUCUUCUGACCAAACGUCCUUCAAAAAUCUCCUGAUUCUGCUCAGAGAUUCAGAUGCUCAUUUAGACAGAACUACAUCCAGAAAUCAACCUAAUCUAGUCGCGGACCAGAGCUUUACUCAGACCAAAGUCCGCUCAAAGCGACCUCGACAGAAGUUUAACAGCGUACGAGUGUUGAUACGUGCUCGGUCCUCCCUGACCUUUGACCUCUAACCUCCAGUGUGGUGCCAUUACUGCGAGAGUCCAUCGGAAUCCUGAUGCAGAGAACUCCUCCCUCCCUGGACCACGCCCUCCCAGAGUGUUACCAAAGGGUGAGUACAGACCACGCCCUCUUUUAGCCCCGCCCCCUAUCACCUCCCUCUGUAUAACCACAUCUUGAUGUUUUCCUGUGAUGCGUUCAGGUGCAGCAGCUGCAGGGAGUUUAUAACCUGCAGGAGCCUCACUUCUGGACUCUGUGCACGGACGUUUACAUCGGAACACUGAAGCUGCUGGUCGCCCCCGACGCCGACACACGCUGGAUCCUCAGCCAAACGCACCACAUAUUCACACAGGUACCUGAAUGCACCACACGGGCCUGUUUUGGAGUUAGGCUUCAGCAUCAGUUAUAGUAAAGUGUUUGAUGUAGUCGUAGUAAAUGUUGGUAUUUAUUGUCUCAGAUGUGAUGUAGUUACUGAUGCUCCGAUCAGGAUUUUUGGUUCCGAUCACCGAUCCGAUCUUACUGAAAUCAGUAUCUGCCGAUCCGAUAUUUCCGAUCACAGCGUCGAAAGCAGCUAUUGAAGCAUUUCAUUUAUUGUGUAACAAGUAUUAAAAUAAGAGAUGAUAAAGUUUUAUGAAUCGACAACAAUCUUUAUUAUUGAAGGGAAUUUGUAACAUUCCACUCUAGAUGAGAUAAUAACCCUCAUAGAGAGACAACUUUAAGUUUAUAUAGACUGUAUAAUCAUAAAUCAAAUCAAAUACUUUUCAUAAGUGCAACAUUUCUUCCAUCCAAGGCUCCUGAACUUGGAGUUUACACAAUAGAUUUCCUUUGGAGAUUAAAUAAACAGGCAAAAUAUAAAAUAUAGUUUAAAGUCAUUAAAAGUGUCUGAAUUUGAGGAGACAGACGGAAAAGUGCUGAACAAUUUAAAAGUCGCCCAUAUAAGGGUUAGGGAUCCAUUUCAGACACAGACUGAUCCAACAGCAGACUGAGUGUUUUUCAGUUCUGAUCAGACUCUAGUGUUGAGAUGUCUGCCUGUCAUGAUAGCAUGGACUGAGUCGGGUCAGAACCAGAUAAGAACAUUAAACUAUAAUCCAUAAACGUAAGGGAACAACUAGGCCUGUCGCGAUAAUCAAUACAUCGCCUUAUCGCUCGAUAAAUAAAAACGAGGUCGGUCAUUUUGCCAGCCGCGAUAAUUGACGUGCGUUUGUUUUCCUCCUCUCUCGCUACCAAACACGCUGGAUGAGAGAAGAGGUCUCACUCUGCGCAUUGUUCUCGGCACCUGGGGGCGUUGGCUCUAUAGCGGAAUGAACGGAGUUAGUGAACCCUCCUGUCAGUCAUUCAGUGUCUUUGUUACGAGGGGGCUGGCGCGCACAGGCACACAGACACAGACUUUUUGAUACAGUGCUGCAAGUGAGUGAAAAGCAAGCAAACAGAAUGAACACGACAGCUUUGAUGUCUAAACCGAACGCAACAGCCCAAGUGUGGGAAUAUUUCGGCUUUAAACCAGUUUUGUUUUCGUCAAACACAAAACUCCACGUGUGUGUGCGCGUGCGUGUGUGUCUGUGUGUUGGAGGAGCACAGCAGGCUGAUGAGAGCUGUCAGAGUGGACUGAAGCUGCUCCUGUAUGUUUAGCGUUUAACUGACUGAGUUUUGCAACUCUGUUCGUCAUUUUCGUCUCGUCCCAUCAACAUAAACGCACUUUCGUCUCGUCACAUUUUAGUCAUCUCCGACUUAUGUUUAGCUCGUCAACGUUACGUCUUCGUCGUGGGAGAAAAGGGAAAUAUUUUAGUCAACGAAAACAACUAGUGUUGUUCUCGUGUGGAAAUUAAAGUUUAUCACUUUUGACAUGGUGUACUCGCAUUAUUAUGCCAUAUAAUAUCAUUAUCUAUAAUUUAAAAAACGGUGUCAAUAAUAUCGUUUAUUGGCGAUAAUUUGUAGCACAAUUAUCAUCCAGCAAAAUUUGUUAUCGUGACAGGCCGAGGAACAACUGAGACCUAAUGGUGCUGUGACAGCAACGCUGUGAUUGAGUUUACAGUGAAAAUACAGAUGGUCUGUUGUAUCUGAACAGGUUAGCUUAGAGCUAAAGUUACUUAGCACAGAUGAAAGUUCAAACAAAGACGUUUAUCAAACUGUUAAAGCUCACAAACCAUCGUCAUCGGAGAAAUCCGACACUAUGACUCUCCACAAGUCGUCCUUCAGGUCGUUUAGAAAAAUCGACCGUGAUACGAAAGAUAUAAAUGCCGCAAUAUCGCAGGACGGGAAAACGUCGCUGAUGUGAACGCUUGUAUUGACAGGAUACGGGUUCAAAAAAAUAUAUUGAUGUCCAAAAUAAUUACAUGAAAAAAAUGUUCCCGGUGUAAAAGGACCUUUAAGUCAAAGUUAAAGAGACAGAGGGCGUGCUCAAACCACAUGACCAUGACAAAGCCAGACAGCCAAUCACAAGCUGCCUUUUACGUGACCAAUAGAAGAAUGAUUUCUUUCUUUCAGCGACCUAAAGCCUAAAAUGAUCUUUAUACUGAAACGUUUAUCCCUGUACAAACAUAUUUAUACAUGAUGGUCAUUCUCACGGAUUUUAACCUUUUUUUUCUCUCCUGAUUUCAUGUCAUUGAUCGGCCUUGUCAGAUCGGUCAUUUUGAUAACUCCGAUCAAUAACAGUCAUAGAUCGGAGAACCCCUGGUUGUAUUGAUCGGUGUUUGUCUGGUGUCUCCACAGGCCGGAGUCCGACAGCUGUACGUUCAGAUAGACACGGCCGCCAUGUAGAAGCUCCUCCUCCUCUGAACACCUGGGACCAAUCACCUUCAGUCUGCUGCAGGUGACGUCUGACCUCCCCCUCUCAGGGUCACUUUAGGUCACACUGAGACUGUCGGAGGGGGGGGGGCAGUGAGAACUUGACUGUGAUCUCCCAUGAUGCUCCUGCUCAGUGCGUCCUGGAUGAACUCAAAUUGCCCCUCCCCCUUUUUUAACCUCACCUGUCAGCGUUGGUGGGCGGAGUUAUUCCCCUCCUCCACCAGCUGCACUUUGUAGACUGGAGCAGAGCAUUCCGGGUAAGUGCCUUCGUGACGAUUCAGAGACAAUCUGAGCCUGUUUCCUGUAUGGAUGCCCCUCCCCCUCGUGACAUCACUGCUCGCACCAGACUGCCGACUGGUCAGCGGUGUCCACGCUUGUGAUGUCACCCUUUAUUUUUAAUGUGCCAAACCAUGUGACCAAACCAUGUGACCAGUCUGAAGGUUUGUCUUUUUCAUCUGUAAUAAAUAAUUCUGUUUCUCUGAGCCGAUCGCCGUCCUCCAUCUUUAUUGAUGACAUCACAGUGAAAACCGUCAACAUCAACAUGCUCACCUGUUUAACAGGUGUGAGUCCAUCAGAACCAAUCAGAAUCAUGGGUUAUAAAUUGAUUAUUUUAACAUGACAUCAUUCUGUGUGUGUGAGUGUGUUCUUGUUUUGCUGUCUUUUUGGGGACCAGUACUUUGCUCCGGGACCUUCAGUGGGGACAUUUCUGAAUUAUGAGGACAUCUAGAAUUUUCUUCCUGUGAGUUUCAGGGCAAGUUAUCUGCCGCGUUUGAGUUACUCUGGAAGUCAGAAACUCGAGCUGAAAAUGACAUCAUGCUGGAGUUACCAGCGUUUCAUUUACCAAGUUGGAAAAAAACAAGAUCGGAGGUGGAAACAAGAUGGCGACAUCUACUUAAGUUGUUUUAGCGCUUUGCCUUGACCGAAAAUAACUAGGCAAGUGCUAAAAUAACUUUGGUAGAUGUAGCCAUCUUGUUUCAGGCCUCCGAUUUCGCUUUUUUCCGGCUUGGUAACUGAAACGUUGAGAACUCGGGUGUGACGUCAUUUUCAGCUCCGACAUCUGACUUUCCAAGGUAACUCGAACGCAGCAUGAGUUUAUCAGAACCAAUCAGAUUCACAGAUAAUUAGUGACUUAUGUUAAUUUAAUAUCAUUCUGUUGGUGAAGAAACUGUGUGUGAGUGUAUUCUUGUUUUGCUGUAUUUUUGGGGACCAGUACUUUGCUCUGGGACCCACAGUGGGGACAUUUCUGAAUUAUGAGGACAUCUAGAAUUUUCCGUCUGAGUUUGACGGACCUGUGAGUUUUAUUUCCCAGGUUAGAUUCUGGUUUGAGAGGAAGAGAUGAUCCACGUCAUCAAUGGUCCUCAAGUCCUCACAGACAAACGUGCGUGUGUUAGGAGUAGUAGGUGGAGCUGUCAAUCAUCUGUAAGUGUUCAAGCGCGUUUGGUUCUGCGUUCACUUUCAGCAUGUCCACCUCCAGCGGGUGGAGUCUACCGGUGAUGACCAGCGAAUGGAGUGGACCCCCGAGGUCACAUGACACCAGCUGACGUAAUGUUGCCGCGCAGAUCUUCUGGUCGUCAGCGCCGAGCCUGGCCACGCCCACACACACAGUGUCCUCCGUCAUACCUGUGGGGGACACAGAGGCUGAUCUUAUUCAGGUUUGACUCCUGAGUGCAACACAUACAAAAAACAAGAGUCGGCCCCCCGUACAGCAAAAGAGACGAUACAUGUAACGAUUUUUCUGUAGGUUAGCGGUUGAGCUAAUCAUGCUAACAGAGAAUGUUAGC